UCCGCCCCAAACAAACAUGGCCGACGAAGGAAAGCAGCGCGCCUGCCGGACGGAAGCUACAGACUAGCACUUCCGCCCUUUCUUAAGAUGGCGCCGGCGGAAGGGACAGGGUACGGUCCGAGAGUGAUGGCGGCUUCGAGGUUGGAGCUGAACUUGGUGCGGCUGUUGUGCCGCUGCGAAGCGAUGGCAGCAGAGAAACGGGACCCGGAGGAGUGGCGUCUGGAGAAGUACGUGGGGGCCCUGGAGGACAUGUUGCAGGCUCUGAAGGCUCAAGCGAGCAAACCGACGUCCGAGGUGAUCAAUGAAUAUUCCCGCAAGGUGGAGUUUCUGAAGGGGAUGCUGCAGACGGAGAAGCUGACCUCCUCCUCAGAGAAAGCGCUCGCCAACCAGUUCCUGGCUCCUGGCCGCGUGCCGACCACAUCCAGGGAGCGGGUGCCUGCCACGAAGACCGUGCACCUGCAGUCCCGGGCCCGGUACACCAGUGAGAUGCGGAGUGAGCUACUAGGCACGGACGGGGCACGAGAUCCGGAACUGGAUUUCAGAAAGAGGACUGGGGUGACAGGGUCCAGGCCAGUCGACGAGAAGCAGUCCGCAGCCGAACUAGACCUCGUUCUGCAGCGACAUCAGGACCUCCAGGAAAAGCUGGCCGAGGAGAUGCUAGGCCUCGCCCGGAGCCUAAAGACAAACACACUGGCCGCCCAGAGCGUCAUCAAGAAGGACAAUCAGACCCUGUCACACUCACUCAAGAUGGCCGACCAGAACCUGGAGAAGCUGAAGACAGAGUCGGAGCGGCUGGAGCAGCACACGCAGAAGUCCGUCAACUGGCUGCUCUGGGCCAUGCUGAUCAUCGUCUGCUUCAUCUUCAUCAGCAUGAUCCUCUUCAUCCGCAUCAUGCCCAAACUCAAAUAAAGGCCGGCCCCACCCACCCAUC